UUACGUUUCUGAAAUCGCUUUUAAUGUUGUCUGCAUGUUUGAUCUGUUUUGUAUUGGGUAUAUGACUAUAUCGUUUUAAGGAUUAAUUUAGUCUCUUUUUGUCGGGUGUAGGGCAUUCAUUGCUCCGUGCAUCACUGCGGUAAAGCCCGGUCUCUGGCCUUGAAUGAAUAUCCACAAGGCGGAGUUAGCGAUAAGGCUAGCGUCUACAUCUGAUUAACAUUGCGAUACUAGCUAUUUACGAACUCACAAGAUUGUGCAAUAAUGACAACCGCAUCACUCAAGUACCAUCGUGUGUCUAAAUACCCUCUUAUCCGUUCUGUUCUUUGCUGUUUUAAACGAGUCAUUUGAAGAAGGGUGCAAUCCACCAAACGGGCAGACCCGAGCGAAUUGAAGGUUAUCUUUCAGAAGCAUGCCAGUGUGGUGGAUGCAGAUGGCGAGAAGUUGAUGACCCCGGGGGACUUUGUGCAGAAAUACCUGGGCCUGCACACACAGAUCCAUCACAACCCCAAAACUGUCCAGCUCAUCGCAGGUGUAGCUGAUACCACCAAGGACGGGCUGAUCUCGUUCCAGGAGUUCUUAGCUUUUGAGUCGGUGCUGUGUGUUCCGGAUGCCCUCUUCAUCGUAGCCUUCCAGCUGUUUGACAAGACUGGCACUGGAGACAUCUCUUUUGAGAAUGUGCGGGACAUCUUCAGCCAGACCACAGUGCACCACCACAUCCCCUUUAACUGGGACUGUGAGUUCAUCCGCCUGCACUUUGGACACGAUCGCAAAAAACGCCUUAGCUACCUCGAGUUCACCCAGUUCCUACAGGAGUUACAGUUGGAACAUGCGCGCCAGGCCUUUGCCCAGAAGGACAAGAACAAAAGCGGCACAAUCUCUGCCAUGGACUUUAGUGACAUCAUGGCCACCAUCCGACACCACGUGCUCACACCGUUCGUGGAGGAAAACCUGGUUUCGGCUGCGGGGGGCAGCACCUCUCACAUGGUCAGCUUCUCCUACUUCAACGCAUUUAACUCUCUCCUAAACAACAUGGAGCUGAUCCGCAAGAUCUACAGCACACUGGCCGGUAGCCGCAAGGAUACACUGGUCACUAAAGAGGAGUUUAUCUUUGCUGCUAACAAGUUUGGCCAGAUCUCUCCCAUGGAGAUCGACAUCCUGUACCAGUUAUCAGGCCUUCACUCCCACUCUGGACGUCUGAACGUUUCUGACAUUGAGAGGAUUGCCCCACUGGAGGAGGGAGCGCUGCCCUAUCACCUGGCUGAGAUACAAAAACAGCAGAGCCAGGGUGAUGGUUCCAGGUCAGUGUUGCUGCAGGUUGCAGAGUCAGCCUACCGUUUCAGCUUGGGCUCAAUUGCUGGAGCUACGGGAGCCACGGCGGUGUAUCCUAUAGACCUGGUUAAGACCAGGAUGCAGAACCAGAGGAGUACAGGCUCGUUCGUAGGAGAACUGAUGUACAAGAACAGCUUUGACUGUGCCAAGAAGGUGCUGCGCUAUGAAGGCUUCUUCGGCUUCUACAGAGGUCUUCUUCCCCAGCUCAUAGGCGUGGCUCCAGAGAAGGCCAUCAAACUCACAGUGAAUGACUUUGUGAGAGAUAAGUUCACCGGUAAAGGCGACACCAUUCCCUUUGCUGCGGAGGUGCUGGCUGGGGCCUGUGCAGGGGGUUCCCAGGUGGUCUUUACUAACCCGCUGGAGAUAGUCAAGAUCAGAUUGCAGGUGGCAGGAGAGAUCACCACAGGACCAAGAAUCAGCGCCCUCAGUGUCAUCCGAGACCUCGGCUUGUUCGGCCUCUACAAGGGUGCCAAAGCGUGUUUCUUGAGAGACAUCCCUUUCUCAGCCAUCUUCUUCCCAGUGUACGCCCACACCAAGGCUCAGUUCGCCGACGAACAGGGAAGACUGGGCGCAUUACAGCUGUUAGCUGCUGGAGCCAUCGGCGGUAUCCCUGCUGCCUCCCUGGUGACGCCUGCUGAUGUCAUCAAGACGCGCCUGCAGGUAGCAGCGAGGGCGGGACAGACCACCUACACUGGAGUCACGGACUGCUUCAGGAAAAUCAUGCAUGAGGAGGGAUUCAGAGCACUGUGGAAGGGAGCUGGAGCUCGUAUGUGUCGAUCCUCUCCUCAGUUUGGGGUGACUCUGGUGACCUAUGAGCUUCUACAGCGGUGGUUAAAUGUGGACUUCGGAGGGCAUCGUCCGUCAGGGUCUGAGCCUACUCCUAAGUCUCGUAUCUCGGAGCUUCCUCCGGUCAGUGCUGACCACGUGGGUGGUUACCGUCUGGCUACGGCCACCUUCGCUGGCGUGGAGAACAAGUUUGGCCUCCACCUGCCCAAGUUCAAGUCCUCUGGAGUGGUCUCCAUUCACCAUGAUACCCCUUCUGCCUCCACUCAAGAGGAGGCUGCUGCCCCCUAAAGACUGGGCCUUUAACUACCUGCCCACUCCACUAGGGAAUAUACACUUAGACACACACUCCCAGGGGCCAUGCAAAAUAAAUACAUAAUAAUACACACACACUGUUUGUAGGGCCAUUUAACCAGAAAUACACACACACUCCCAGGGGCCAUGCAAAAUAAAUACAUACUAAUACACACACACUGUUUGUAGGGCCAUUUAACCAGAAAUACACACACACUCCCAGAGUCCAUGUAACCAGACAUACACACAGCUCCCCACUCUUCCCAGGGACUAAUUCAGUGCUCUCUCUCCCUGGUCCUGGAGAGCUGACUGUAGGUCUGUAGUUAAAGCUCAGUCAGUAACCUGAACACUGCACUGUGUUGUACUGUGUUGUAUCUCCAGUGGCUGCAUGCUCCUCUUCUCUCAUCCCUCUUUUCAUCUGAAACGUGUAUUUGAAAAGGAGCCUCGUCUCCCCCACACUCCGGUGCCCCCCCACACACACAUUCCGGUUGCUCGCCUCUCCCCCACGCUGCACUCUCACUCUCUGGUGGCUCCUCUCUUCUCAAUAAUAACUGAUUUAGAUUUUCUAGAAUUUCUUUCGGAUGCACAUUGUGUGUAAGGCUACUUUGAUUGGACAGUGUGUAGGGGAUAUUUGAUUGGACAGCGUGUAAGGCUUUACUCUGAUUGGGCCUUGCACAGGGAAGUUACUGUACAUAUUGUAGAUCUGCUGUACAGAGAUGUGACACUGCUGGAAAGGAAUUGUUACUGUAAGGUUGGACAAUGUUAUGGUAACGUUAGAGCAACACCGUGAGGAUAAUGAGAGAAACAUUUUGGUUACCGAAGUGUUGCAGUAAUGUUAGAAAGCAACGUGACUAACGUCGGAGUGACGUUACUGUUAUGUUAGAAUGACGUUGGGACUCUGUCUCUUGAGAAUCACUGAUGUACAGACCUUUUCAACAUAAGUGUUUAUUGAGGAGAAUCAUGAGCAAAUGAUUAGAUAACUUAAAUCCAUUUCAAUUCAUUGUGUAUUUUAUUGAAAUAAAUAAAGCAUAUGUAUGGUUUUCAUUCUA